AUGGAGGACCUUGUUCCUGGUACCCCCGUUCGCGACCAGAAGGCUGGCUUGUCUUCCGUUCAAACGGGAUCUGAUGUGGAGACUGAUGAUCAGGAUAGCUCAGAGUUCGAGGAGACCGUAGCUACUGUCCCACUGUCCAAACAUGGACUGCCAGCACAGAGAUUAUUCACUCCCGCAACACAACAAUUCACCCAAAAAGCUACCCAGCCCACACAAAUAAUAGACCGAAAUCACAACCGUCUUUUUUCCCCCUCUGCGCAAAAUUCUUCUGUUGUCCAAGUCGUCACAUCCUCGCCGCUGGCCCCUAAGCCUACCUUUUCCCGUCCUUACAACACACCCGGUGCUGGAGUUUUGUCCAACUCAAUGGCUCCUAUCGGGACGCAGUUUAGGCCUCCACCAAUGGUAAACGUGCCCAUUAAAAGGCCUCCUGCCAUUGACCUUGACGAUGAUGGCCCAACCUACCGCGGCGGGUCCUCGGACGAGGACGAUAUUCAAUUUGUCGGGACUACCGAUAUCAAGCGGUCUACAUUUGCGAGGAAUUCCAAGAGCCCCGAAAAAGAACGCAUCCUGGAAUCACCAAUUGCUACGAACGGUGCUGCGAAUCGUUUCAAGGAAAUUACCGCCUCCGCAUUCUACAACCCGUCGUUGGACACCAAUAAUGCGAAGCUGUCUGUAAAACGUUCGGUAGAUAGUAUGUCCUCUGCGCCUGAGGACAGAUCUGAGUCUCUCAAGAGAUCUCGCCAGGAAGAUACUUUCUCGUUAAACGACAUUGAGGAUUACCAGACUAGAAUCAAAGUUGAGCGAAUUCUCAACGUUUUCCCGAGCAAACCCGUCCAGCUUAUCCUCAACACCCUCGUAUCUAAGAGAGGCAAUUACGAAGACGCUCUAGACCAUCUAGCCCAGUUGGAGGAUUAUUUACCCACCGGUUCGAUCUCUGACGACGAGCUAAGUUUGGACCGCAAUGUGCCCAAGGUGGAGCCAGCGAAACAACAGAUUAAGGCGAGAACGCGCAUUCAGGACAAGUGGACUUCAAGCCAGAGACUGCCAACCCAGAAGAGUGGAUCUGACGGAGGCUCUGCAGCUCCCCGUAAACGGCUGAUCAGGGGGCAAAGAACACGUUCUUCGUCUCCCCCAUCCGGGCCAUCACCAGCUCCGGCGCCUGUUACCAAGAAACCCGGUAGGCUCAUCAAAGGGAUCAAAUCUAGACCACGAUCAGAUUCUCCAGAGCUACCAUUCGUCGAGAUAGACUCAUCUGAAUCCGAUAACCAUGAUGUGUCUGAGGACGAUGGUAUUUUGGAAUCGAAAGUCCUUAAAUUUUUCAAUUCAUGUUCCGUGGCAGAUCUCUCCGAUAUCGCUGAAAUCCAGGAAAAUAUCGCCAACACCAUUAUCUCAAAACGUCCGUUCAAGUCUUUGAACGCGGUUCGCCAAAUCACCAAGGAUGAUGAAGCGAAUGGAAAGACUUCAAACGCGAAAUCAAAAAAGUAUGCGAAAAAGCCAAUUGGGGACAAAGUCGUCGACAAGUGCCUUGACAUGUGGACGGGUUAUGAAGCCGUAGAUGCACUUGUUUCUAAAUGCGAAGCACUUGGAAAGCCAGUUGCAAACGAAAUGAAACGAUGGGGCGUGGACAUCUUCGGCACGAAAACAGAAGGCGAGCUUGAAAUCGUUUCCUUGGAUACCGAGAAUACGUCAGACAGGGCUCAUGAUUCCGGAAUUGCCACUCCUUCAAGUGGCUGUUCAUCUGGCGCCGACGAUGACGAACUCAAGCUCAACAAUAUUUCACGCAAGAGACAGCAAUACAUUGGGCAGCCAGCAAUAAUGAGUGAAUCGAUUACGCUGAAAAAUUACCAGAUUGUUGGGAUCAAUUGGCUCAACCUUCUCUACAAGCAGAAUUUAAGUUGUAUCCUUGCAGAUGAUAUGGGGCUUGGGAAAACUUGUCAGGUCAUUGCCUUUCUUGCCCAUCUCUUUGAGAAAGGAGUCAAGGGUCCGCAUCUUGUUGUCGUUCCCUCUUCGACCCUGGAGAACUGGCUUCGUGAAUUCUCAGUGUUCUGCCCAAAACUGAAUGUCAUGCCUUAUUACGCCAACCAGAACGUUCGGGCUGGGAUUCGGCAGCAAAUUGAAGACACGAGGGACUCUAUAAACGUUGUAGUCACUACUUACACAAUUGCCAAGGCAAAAAUCGACGCGGCCUUCCUUCGCUCCAUGGACUUUUGUGUUUGUGUAUACGACGAAGGCCAUAUGUUGAAGAGCAGCAAAUCCAUGCUUUACGAGAAACUUAUCCGGAUUCCGGCUCAGUUCCGGUUAUUACUUACUGGCACUCCACUGCAAAACAAUCUCCAGGAGUUAGCUUCGCUUCUCGGAUUUAUCCUCCCGUCAGUCUUCAAGGAGCGAAAGGAAGACCUCGAGUAUAUCUUCAGCGCUAAAGCCAAGACGGUCGACGACACACAUUCGGCGCUACUAUCGGCACAACGCAUUGCUCGAGCAAAAUCCAUGCUCACCCCCUUUGUGCUCAGGAGGAAAAAGCAUCAGGUGAUCGAUCUGCCGCCCAAGCUCACCAGCGUGGAAUAUUGUGAAAUGAAUGAGGCACAAAAGAAUAUAUAUAACCACGAAGUCGAAACCGUGCGGCAGCUCAUUGCAGAUCGAGCCGCGGGGAAAAAGGUGGGCAAUAAGUCCGCCAACAUCCUCAUGAAACUACGCCAGGCCGCUAUCCAUCCCUUAUUCUACCGUCGCCACUACGACGACAAGACUCUGAGCCGCAUCGCCAGAGCAUGUGUAAAGGAUGAAAAAUGGGCCGCAUCAGACCCAGACCAAAUCUACUUGGAGCUAUGCGCAUACAACGACUUCGAAGUCCAUACGCUCUGCGAGCAAAACCCAACCGCCCUGUCAAAAUUUACCCUCAAAAACGACGAAUGGAUGCACUCCGGCAAAGUCGACAAGCUCUGCGAGUUAUUAAGGCGCUUCAAAGAAAACGGUGACCGUACCCUUAUAUUCUCCCAGUUCACUAUGGUCAUGGAUAUCCUCGAGCAUGUUCUGCAGACUCUGCAAAUGCGUUUCUUCCGCCUCGAUGGGAGCACCAGCGUCGAGGACCGCCAGUCUACCCUCGACGCCUUCCACGAACAAGUUGAUAUACCCGUCUUUCUCCUUUCAACCAAAGCUGGCGGCGCCGGCAUCAACCUCGCCUGCGCGAAUAAGGUUAUCAUUUUCGAUUCCAGCUUUAAUCCACAGGAGGACGUGCAGGCGGAGAAUCGCGCGCAUCGCGUGGGCCAGACGCGCCCGGUGGAGGUUGUACGACUUGUCACAAGGGAUACGAUUGAGGAGCAGAUAUAUGCGCUGGGCCAGACGAAGCUGGCGCUUGAUCAGCGGGUUUCUGGAGAAGACGACGGGCCUGCUGCGUCGAGGAAGGGUGAGGAGGCUGGUUUGAAGGUCGUGGAGGAGAUGGUGAUUGCGAAACUUGAGGAGGAAGGGAAGGGUGGGUCUAGUGGGUCUGUUGCCGCGACUACUUCUCCUUCUGAAAGAGUGGAAGUGGACGCGGAAGCGAAAGCGGCCUGA